UAAGAUUUGUGUUAUUAUAAAACACAUCAACCCUAAACAUGGAGCUAAAUUUCACCUACGGAGAUAUGAUCUUUUUGAAAGCAUAAAGAAAACAAAAGAACAAAAAAAUCAUAUUCAAGUGUCAUGUUAUGUCAUCUCUUGGGUUGUUUCCCACUCUCUUUCUCUCUCUCUCUCCCUCUUUCUCCCCAUCCAUAUUUUCUAGCUUCAUCUCAGGCAACCAAGCUGUCCCUUGUUGGAACCUCUGAAACACCCACCCACCACCCACACCAUAUGCUCUAAUACUACGUAAACCCUAAUUCUUUCUCUAACAAAGUAGGGUGCAUGUUUCUCUUCCGCUUCUACUACUUCAGCAUGUUUUUUUAGGGUUUAAUCAAGAAGCAUUAAUGGAGAUGAGUGGUACAGACAAAGAGAUAAGAAUGCAGACUUCUUCAUUUCCAUACAACAACCAUCAGUUAAUUCAUGAAUCCUCUUCAGAAAUCAUGGAUCAUGGGUCCGACCCAGAUCGGUUUGAUGGGUCUGGAGCUUCAGCUACACCAAUAUCAGUCGGAUCUAGGCUCUUAAAGUCACCUCCACCGCGGUACCGAGAGUGCUUGAAGAACUAUGCGGCCAACAUCGGUGGGAGUAUCACCGACGGAUGCGGUGAGUUCAUGCCUUCAGGCGAUGACGGAACCCUAGAAGCACUUAAAUGUGCUGCUUGCAAUUGCCAUCGUAAUUUCCAUCGCAAAGAAACCACCACGGCCGCCGCCAUUACAGCCGGACCUUUUCUCCAGCUCCCUCCUCCAUUACCCUCCCACUCACCAUUGUUCAACAGCCACCAGCGUACGUCAACGUCAACAGUCUCCCUCCACCACAACCCAAACUGGGUAUCCUCCAUCAACGCUCCCCCAGUCAGAAUAGCGGUGGGGGGAAGUGGUGCUGCAACGGAAUCCUCGAGUGAGGAGCUCUAUUUCACGGCGGUGCCGCCGUAUGGAGUGGCGAAGAAGAGAUUUAGGUCGAAAUUUACGCAGGAUCAGAAGGAGAAAAUGCUUGAAUUUGCAGAAAAGGUAGGGUGGAGGAUACCAAGGGAAGAUGAUCCAGAGGUGCAAAGAUUUUGCGCAGAGGUUGGAGUUAAACGACAAGUUCUCAAGGUCUGGAUGCAUAAUAAUAAAGCCAUUUCUGGGAAGAAGCAGGUUCCAGAUUCCAAUGAAAACAUUGAUUGAUUGUACGUUACCAUUCAGUUAUGCAGUAGACUGUUGUAGUGUGAAUAGGGAGUUGUGACUCUAUCUUGUUGUUUUCAUUGUGUUUUUAAUAAUUUUAUGGAUUUUAAUCUAAAAACUAGAAAUAUUUUAUUGAAUAAAUGAAAAUUCUGACGUUCCA